UACUCGAAAGUAGAAAGAAAUGUUUCUACGUAGACGGGUGACGUCAGAGGCUUACUUAUCAAUAUGUGUUCUACUGCUUGCUGUCUAUUUCGUUCUGAUUCUUCAAUCUAUAAAAACAACGUCGUCAAGGCAACUAUGCCUUCGAGCCCUUACCGUGUUCAUCCUCUUCCCUCGCCUGAUAAGAGAUCGUGUGGCAGGCAAUGAGAGCUGGAUUCACGCUCCACCUGUCGACGCGUUAGGAGUUGCUCCGGGAAUGGCAGAAGUGACAGACCAGAGCGACGUCUUUCUAUCGAUGGUUCAAGAUAUUGCCACCGAGCUAGAUCUUCACCAGUUAUGCCACAAGAUUUUAGUUAACGUCGGGCGAUUAACAGCAGCUGACCGAGGCUCUCUCUUCCUUGUGGAAUCCGUCAACGGAGAUCAUUUUAGCGAGGAAGAUGUGGGAACACCUUACCUUGUUCCAAAACUCUUCGAUGUCACCGUCGAUUCGGAUUUCGACGAUACUUUGCUGAAGGCAGCCCUAGAAGCGCAACCUAUUCCGCUAGGAAGCGGAAUAGCCGGCCAUGUAGCCCUCACCAAAUCAGGGCUGCGGAUUGUGGACGCCUAUCGGGACGAGCGUUUCCUGUCCGAGAUAGAUAAGAAAACGGGCUACGUCACACACAGCAUCCUCUGCCUCCCCAUUCUCAAUCGACAAGGUGGCGUUGUCGGUGUGGCCCAAAUGGUUAACAAGAAGGGAACUCCCAAUGGCUUCACGACAUCAGAUGAAGAGAUCUUUAGACGUUACCUCUGUUUUGCCGGGAUUGGGAUUCAGAACGCUCGGCUCUUUUUACGCGUACAGAACGAGAAGCAACGGAAUCAGGUGCUCCUUGGCUUGGCGCAAUCCAUCUUCCAGGAGCAAACGUCUUUGAAAAAGUUGGUCGAACUUAUGAUGGCAAAUGCGCGCAACUAUCUUCACUGUCGACGUAUAGUUAUUUACGUCUUUUCGCCAUCAGAUGCAAGCCAUGGUCAAGAAAUGGACAUUACGUCCGGAUUCGAGUACAUUAAUGAUGGAAGUGCUUCCAGCCAGAUGAGCAGCAGCCAACGGUGUGAAAUAAACUUUCUAUCUAGCGCUCAACUUCAAGAAUCGACGUUCACGGAUCUGGCACGUUUUGUGGCCGAGAAACGCCAAGUGAUACGCAUUAAUGAAAUAAGUGACUAUAGUGAUUGUUGCCCUGAACUUGCCAAAUUACUGAGAGGCGUCGCCGCACCCAUCAACCAGUUUUUGUCGCUUCCAAUCUACAAUGCGCAAUCAGCCGUUGUGGGUGUAGUGCAACUGCUGAACAAGGUGGAUGGAAAAUCAUUUACGUCAUCGGAUAAGUUGGCCGUCGAAUCGUUCGCUCUCUUUUGCGGAAUGGCAAUCCAUAAUACGCAAACGUACGAAAAAGUGUCUAAGCUAUCAGCAAAACAAAAAGUGGCCAUCGAAUGCCUGUCUUACCAUUCCCGUGCUAAUGAAGAAGACGUUGAACAGCUGGAAAAUGAUGUCGUUCCCUCGACCGAGUACUACAAUCUCACAAACUACGAUUUCAUCGAUUUUGAACUAUCGGACCUAGAUACUUGCAAAGCUGUGUUACGCAUGUUUAUCCACUGUGACCUCAUCAAUACGUUUCAUAUACCUUACAAGGUGCUUUGUGGAUGGAUUCUGAGCGUGAAGAAGAAUUAUCGACCGGUCAAGUAUCACAAUUGGCGCCACGCACUCAACGUCGCCCAGACCAUGUUUGCCCUUUUGAAAACCGGAAAGAUGGAGCAGUUCAUGACGGAUCUCGAUAUCUUGAGUUUGCUGGUUGCCUGCUUAUGUCACGAUUUGGAUCACCGUGGAACCAACAAUGCCUUCCAGUCGAAAGUGAUGUCUCCGUUAGCUAUCCUCUACUCAACUUCUACUAUGGAACACCAUCAUUUAGAUCAAUGCAUAAUGAUUCUUAGCGAGGAUUCCAAUAACAUCCUACAAUCGCUCUCACCUGUGCAGUACAGGACAGCCAUGCACUUGAUUGAGCAUUCCAUCCUUUCAACUGAUUUGGCGGUUUACUUCCGCAAGAAAAAUCGUUUUAUCGACAUGGUGGAAAACGGAGAAUUUGAUUGGCAGGAUCCUGAUCAGAAAUUGCUACUGUGUGGGAUGAUGAUGACUGGUUGUGACGUGAGUGCCAUUGCCAAGCCGUGGUCCAUUCAACAUCGAGUAGCUAAACUAGUUGCGGAAGAGUUUUUCGAGCAGGGUGACAUGGAGAAAUUGCAGCUUAACGAGACGCCCAUUGCAAUGAUGGACCGAGACGAGAAAGAUAAUCUACCGAAAAUGCAAAUUGGAUUUAUAGAUUCGAUUUGUUUACCUCUUUACAGAGCGCUUUCCGAAUCGUUUCCUUGGGUCAAACCUAUCUAUGAGACGUGUUUGAACAACCGCGAGCAAUGGAAGAAACUCUCCGAUUUGGUGGACAUAGGGUUGACGUGGAUCGAUCACCCUUUCAUUGACAAACCUGUAGAACAUAUUAUUGGAAGCAAAGAACAGGAGAAAAUACCUCUAGUUGUGACGGAUUUGAGCGCCUCGAAUCAACUGGUGAGAAAAAGUAGCGACCGAUACGACAAAGAAAAUCGAAACCUGCAUCCCAAAUCAAUAUUGAAAUCACCCAAAAUAACGACAAAAUCUAUACUUAAGUUACCAAAAGUCAUGAGUACGUCUGAUUCGGCUCCCGUUAGUCCUCACCAAGAAGCCUCCAAACAUUUGGUCAGGAUGCGAUCCAUGAGCCUCAAUAGUCCGACGGAAUUGGUCGAUAUCAAACCCUUGCGUCCGAGUCGCGAUUACACUAGUAAACUAUGCAGCAUUUCGUGA